UGCAGAAAGGAGCCAAAGGCACUGGGAAGCAGCGUCCCCGCGUGGGACAAUUCCUGCUGACGAGUGGAGGAGGCCCGGAGCGAGAUGGAGGCCAGGAGUGCUCCCAUCCUGUGCAACGGCCGCCUCAUGUGUCCAACACUCAUGCACCUCCAGGACGAUGAGAUUGUGAAAGUUUGGGAUGCAGUAUCCCACUUCAUCCGCAGGCAGUUUGCGCUGAACAAGGGUGUCACAGUACCUGGGCUGGGCACCUUCUUUGCUGUUAAACAGGACCGGCCCAUGGCAGGCGUUAAGCUCCUUGACGCAAAGAAGCCCGUCUUCCAGGUUUCGGAGCACUUUGCCAAUGUUCAUGGGCUCCCUUACAAGAAAGAAACUUUUCCUGGGAUUCUCUUCCUGCAGACGAGCAGUCAGCAAGACAGCUCUGUAGCAGUGCUGGAGGGCCCAGAAGCUACCCAACUGGGACUGCCCUCCUCUGCAGGCCUGUCUUAG